AGUUGGUGGCUGAACGUCGCAAAAGUUGCUAACAAACUGCAGGCCACGAAGGCAGAACAAAAGGCUUAUCAGCAGAGCACGUACAAUUAAAUUAUUUCGCUUUUAUGACGUACAAGUGUUGUUUGUUUUGAAGCGAUAAGAUACGCGCCUUAUCGGAGGACCGAUAGCUCCGAUACAACACUGCGCGAGAAUUGCAGUAUGUAGCCGGUUUCACCAUAGCCUCUGUUAAAGAAACCCGUCACAUCCGAGACACCAACCGAUAAUUACCUCGGUUGAAAGAAGAGGGUUGUGGAUUUUUUAGGGUAAUUUCUUGCAUUGCAAGAUGGCGAACGGCAGCUGUCAAAUCGCACAUAUACACAGGCAGACAAGAAACACAGACACGGAAAAAAUCGGCGCAAACAUCGUGAAAAGAAAAAGCAGAAAGCGGCAUCGAAAAAACCGUGGAAAAUCAAAAGUAACUCACAAAAAACAGACCAAAACUCAUCAAAAAUGUCGAUUGGAGUACCCAUUAAAGUGCUGCACGAGGCCGAGGGCCACAUAAUCACUUGCGAGACCAUUACCGGCGAGGUGUACCGCGGAAAGCUCAUCGAGGCGGAGGACAACAUGAACUGCCAGAUGACACAAAUCACGGUGACCUACCGGGACGGGCGUACAGCCAACCUGGAGAACGUCUAUAUCCGUGGCUCCAAAAUCCGCUUUCUCAUACUGCCCGACAUGCUGAAAAAUGCCCCGAUGUUCAAGAAGCAAACGGGCAAGGGGCUGGGGGGGACGGCGGGCCGCGGCAAGGCGGCCAUUCUGCGCGCACAGGCUCGGGGCAGAGGAAGGGGCGGGCCGCCGGGUGGUGGAAGAGGCAGUGGCGGACCGCCAGGAGCUCCGGGAGGCAGCGGCGGACGCGGAGCCUGGCAAGGAGGACCCACCGGCGGUCGGGGACGCGGCGGACUGUAGGAACUGGCUCCUCGACAACGCAUUUUUAAUCUCUAAGUUGCGGGCAUUAUAUUAUUAGCGGGCGGGUUGAACUUCUCCAGAUUUUUGUAAAAGUAUUUACCAGGCAGAGAAGAGCCAAAAAUACAAUUGAAACUUGAAUUGAAAA